GGGCGGGCGCGGUGCAGCCCGUGUUUCGUUUCCGCCGUUAGGGGCGACGCGGCGCGGCGGGCGGGGGCCGCACGGUCCCUUUGAACUAUGCGCGGGCCACCAUGCAAUGGCGGUCGCUGCUGCUGGGGCUGCUGCUGCUGCGUCUGGGGCUGCAGGCGCUGCUGACGCUGCUGCCCGCGCUGGCGCCGGGGCUGUGCCUGCGCCGCCGCUUCCCGUUCCCUUCCCCGCACUGGGGCUCGCUGCUGCGGCAGGGCGGCGGCGGCGGUGCGGCCGCGGGGGACGAGUACGAGCGACGCUACAGCGGCGCCUUCCCGCCGCAGCUGCGGGCCCGGCUGCGCGACGCCGCCCGUGGCAUGUUCGUCUUCGGGUACGACAGCUACAUGCAGCACGCCUUCCCGCGGGACGAGCUCGACCCCCUGCACUGCCGCGGCCGCGGCCCCGACCGCCACGACCCUUCCAACCUCAACAUCAACGACGUGUUGGGGAACUACUCGCUGACGCUGAUCGACGCGCUGGACACCCUGGCGGUAAUGGGAAACUCUUCAGAAUUCCAGAAAGCAGUGAAGUUGGUGAUUGACACGGUUUCAUUUGACAAAGAUUCAACAGUCCAAGUUUUUGAGGCAACAAUCAGGGUUUUGGGAAGCCUACUUUCUGCUCACAUCAUAAUUACAGAUACCAAACAGCCUUUUGGUGAUAUGACCAUUAAGGAUUAUGACAAUGAACUGUUGCAUAUGGCUCAUGAUCUAGCAGUGAGACUACUUCCAGCCUUUGAAAACACCAAGACUGGAAUUCCAUACCCUCGGGUCAAUCUGAAGAAGGGGGUACCUGCAGACAGCAAUAAUGAAACUUGUACUGCAGGUGCUGGUUCCUUGCUGGUGGAGUUUGGUAUCCUUAGCAGGCUGCUUGGUGAUUCCACGUUUGAAUGGGUGGCCAGGAGAGCUGUCAAAGCACUCUGGAAUCUCAGGAGCAAUAACACCGGUUUACUAGGAAACGUUGUGAAUAUUCAAACUGGCCAUUGGGUUGGAAGGCAAAGCGGCUUGGGAGCAGGGUUGGAUUCGUUCUAUGAAUACCUUCUGAAGUCUUACAUCCUCUUUGGAGAAAAGGAAGACUUGGAGAUGUUCAAUGAUGCUUAUCGGACCAUUCAGAACCACUUAAGAAGAGGUCGAGAAGCUUGCAAUGAAGGUGAAGGUGACCCUCCUUUGUAUGUUAAUGUAAACAUGUUCACAGGACAGCUAAUGAACACAUGGAUUGACUCUUUGCAAGCCUUUUUUCCUGGACUACAGGUAUUAAUAGGAGAUGUGGAAGAUGCUAUUUGUCUCCAUGCUUUUUAUUAUGCCAUAUGGAAACGAUAUGGAGCUCUCCCAGAAAGAUACAACUGGCAAUUGCAAGCACCGGAUGUUGCUUUUUAUCCACUGAGGCCGGAAUUAGUGGAGUCCACAUACCUUCUUUAUCAGGCCACAAAGAACCCAUUUUACCUCCAUGUGGGAAUGGAUAUUCUACAAAGUCUGGAAAAAUAUACAAAAGCAAAGUGUGGCUAUGCUACAUUACACCAUGUUGUAGAGAAGACAAAAGAAGAUCGAAUGGAGAGCUUUUUUCUGAGCGAAACGUGUAAAUAUUUGUACCUGUUGUUUGAUGAAGAGAACCCACUGCAUAAAUCUGGAAAUAAGUAUAUGUUUACUACCGAGGGACACAUCGUGUCUGUGGAUGAACGUUUUCGUAACUCGCUGUGGCAAGACAUCCUCCCUGGAGAAGAGGGCACUGCAGAAAAAAGUAAACCUAAUGAUUUAAAGGCAGUCAACUUCACUUCUAAUUGUAACAGAGUACCUGAUGAGAGGAGAUACUUACUGCCAUUGAAGAGUAACUACAUGCGACAGAUUGAUCGAAUGGUGGGCUUGAUUUGAAUGGCUCUUCAGAAUCAAUUUUAUCAUAUGUCUGGAGAAGCAUGGGAUUUGGCUGUAGACAUUCCUCUCCUCUUCAGCUACACACCUGCAUACGCUGAGUCACUUGAGUAUCCCCCAUGCUUGUUAGUUUUUCAAUUAUGGACGUGGAGGGAGACCAAGUUUUCUUAUGGGUUCUGUCUUCUGGUCUGUGGUAACUCUGUGUACCACCUGAAUAGAGAUUUCUUGUUUUAAGACUUCCUAUGAAAAAUGUUGUUGCAAAUGAAGGCUGAAUAUACUUUUUACAAAAAAAAAAAAAGACAAGAACGUUGGCAUGUGCCAUUUAGCUACCUCUUUGUAGCUGUAUUACAAAUGUCCCUUUAGAAAAGGGCCUAGUAUUUAAUUUGAAAUGAUCUUGGGAUUGAGGAAGGAAUGGGAAAGUGCAAUUUCUUACACCAAGUUUAAUCAUUGAAUUCUGACUAGCAAUACACAACCUUAAAUACCACUCAGGUAGGAACCCACUGGUAAUGGGUUUUGCUGGAACAAAAAUGCGGUAUCUAGAAUAAUAUUUUGAAAAGAUGACUCGUGAUUGUGUAAGAAGGUAUCAGUAUAGUCAUAUCCCUCAUAUACACAGUUGUAUAGAACUACAGAGGCACAAGAGCCUACAGGAACCAGUAAUAAAAAAAAAAUCGGGUGCCUUUUUUUUGUAAGGGGAUGGGAGGGAGGGAAGGGGAGAUUGCAAAGCCACUUAGCUGUCCAAGCAGCUAUCUUUAUAUAGCUUGGCUGGGCAGAUGUUCCAGAAGUUUCAUUGUUUGCCAUAUAUCUAGUGCCUUUUCAGAAGAGAUGCUGCUAAGGACUGGUGUAACAGUACAUGAAGAACAAAAUAUUUUACGUACCUGACAGCAUUAAUGUGUUAGUGCCUUAUGCUUUCUUCACUAUCAGGAAAAACUGAGCUUGUUUGGAAAGAUGGCUAAAAUAUUUCUAAUUAGCUUGUUACAAAGUACAGUGGAUCCCAAAGUAACUUAAAAACUAAUUUAUGUAUGAGAUGACUUCUUUUUAUUUUUUUAGAUACUGGAAGAAUAUCUAAUGCUGUGCCUAUGUAUCUAUCAUAAAGAAUGCUUAUGGGCCAGUUUUAUUCUCACUGUCGAGUUCAGUUAGGGCUUCCUCUGCAUCCUCCUGUGGAUGGAGUGGUAAGAGGUAUGCAGUCUUCCCUCUGAUCCUAGCCAGUUUGGUACAUGCCCUCCUAAGAGGUUCACAGCUGCAGUAGCAGUCGCUGACUGUAGCGUUACACUGUACCUCUAGGCUGUGCCUUUUGGUUCCAGUGAGCAAUGGUGAAAAAGGGCUGUUCCUUCAUCCCACCAUCUUGAAAUACAGCUCAGAUACGUUUGAGGAAUAACUGUCUAUGAACUUUGAGGAAGAAGGCAGUUAAAUUCAGGCAGGGCUGUUGAGGGGUGAAAACAAACUGAGGCCAAGAUUACUUAUUCUGAAUAUAACUAUUGGAUUUUUUUCAGUGGUUCCUCAUUCCUUACAUGCUUUUAUACUUUUGACUACGGUUGAAGUAGUUGAAUAUUGCUGUUCUUAACUUUUUAAAUUAAGGCUUAAAUAUAAAGGCAAACUUGAUCUGUAUUUUCACCUUCUUAUAACAACAUCGGUUUUCAAAAGCCAUAUGUUGCAACUCAGAACAUUUCUAAUAAAUAUGAAGUUAGUGCUGAGAAGUUUAUUGUUUGAAUCUUUUAGUAUGCAGAUGUAUCUCAGGGACUUCAUUGUAGAAUCUUCUAUUCUGUGAUACUUGGAUCUUGUAUUCAAUGAAAAAAAAAAAUCCUGUCUUCUUAAUCUAAUAGUUUGUAUUUUAAGGGGAGAGGGGAGAAGGGCUGUAGGGAGGAGGAGAAAUAUGCUAAGAUUUCCCAAAACACUGCAAUAGAAUUGGUUGCUUUGACAUUUGAGGCAGCUGGCAACUCCAUGCCAUCUAGAACUGGCUUUGCAAACCUAUUAGUGGAAUGUCUUAGUUGCCUAAAUUCAAGGUGUUACAGUCCAAAGAUGUAUAUUAAGAGAGGUUCAAGGUGUAGCUUCUUAACCAGUAAAUGUUGCCUGGGCAUGCGGGUAUGCUUCAGUCUGUAAACAUGUAAAGAAGUUCAGGAGUAUGCAUAAAGGGAGUGCUUUCUGCUUCUUGAGGGAGGCGGAAAGCAAAAGUACCUGAGAUGCUGCAUCUGGGCCAGAUCUUCCAAUCGUAGCUCUGAAACAAGUAGUGUGGCAGCCAUACGCAGCAUUCCACAUCUAAAGCUGGCAUAGCGGAUGCUGGGAUGGACAUUGCCCUGGUGUGUUGGUGGCUGCUUCUGGUGCUGGUUUUUCCCUGACUUGCAAUUUAGCUCUCUGAAUGUGCAUUAUAUACCGUGUGAUUGCCUCUGUGUUUUGUGCCUUCUGAAGCACCUGAACCCUGGUAAGGGUUCCAGCCGAGUGUUAUGCACAGAAAUCUGUUUCAGAGUUUUCCUUAGAGAAUUACACAACUAUAAUGAAGUUGCACAACUGUUCUGCCACUGUGCUUUUCCUCCUUGUAUAUUGCCAGAAAUAGAGUGAGAGGUGGCUAUAUAGUGGGAACGCAGCCUUUCAGGCCUGAGUGACUUGGACCAUUAGUUACAGUGCCAAAUAUUACACGGUCAGCUUCAUGUUAGAAUUUGCAUUGAAAUUUGUGUUGCCAAGGUAAUCUUUCCAAAGGAACGUUUUGAGUUUUUUUUUGUCUACAAGGAGACUGGUGCUGACUACGUGGUAAAAGGCUUCGUAUUCUUUAUUUUUUCUUCCUCUUUGUUUUAAAAAUGCUUUGAUACGGUUUUCUCUGUAAUGACAGGGCACACGUUGUUAUGCACUAAAAUUAAAACUUUUAUAUAAGUCAAUGAUAUCAAAAUGAGAUUGAUAACACUGCUGGAAUAACUUACUGAAACAGACUUUUAUAUUUCUUGGUAUAAUGUGCAAUAUCAUGUUUUCCUAAUUAAAAAUGCGGUAUAUGCUUAAUUGUUGGUUUUCCAUGAAGUAUUUAAUUAGGGAUGGGAAAUAUUUUUAGGAGGACCAAAUGUUUUUUCAUGAAAUGUCCUAAAUUUUCAAAACUGAGCUUAAAUUUUACAAAUCUGCAUUAA